AUAACAAUAGGGAAGAGAAGAAAAACCUGCAACGAAUAGUUUACUGUUGGGACCAGGUGGACACUCGGGGCUAUGAACUGUUGCGAAAGCUCUUCCGGCAAUGGAGGACAGAGUUCUGCGCAUCGUAGUCGAACUGAGCUGAAUGGAAACGUUUUUGUUUUUCCCUUCCCGACAAACAAUGUAGGUCAGAGGAAAUUUCAGGCAAGGGAUUCAACCGUUUUUGGGUUGGGCUGGCGCUAUUUGGGCUUUCAGGUUAUUGGGCUUACCGAGAGAUGGGCCGGGUUCUAUUAGUGGCUCUUUUAUCCGUCCCAAGAGAAAUUAGUUGCAGAGUUUGCAGCCAUUGGUGGCGGCGUCGGUCGGAGUUCUGCUGCAGCAGACGACAGCGGAGAGCAAAGGGCUGGGGUGUAGUGAUAUAUGAGUUUAGGUACUGGAAUGUAAUUGUGUUUGGAGUGAACGACGAUUCAUCUGCAAAGCAAAAACCCUUCUCGUCUCUUUUUCCCCCUCUAUUCGGCCUUUCUUCACUCUCUCUCUCUCUUCUUCUUCUGGUUCUUGAAUCGAUCGCUGUACUGAUCAAUUUACCUCCUCCGUCACGUUUUGUUGACAAAGGUCAGUACUUUUCUCUACAUUUUAUAUCGCUAAACCUUAGAAUCUAGAGGGUUUUGUCCCGGCUGCACUUUUCCUUAAACCCUUUUCCUCAGAAUCCCAAUCAAGCAUUCCUUGUUUAUGCUCUGUUCGCGAACUAGGAGAUUUGAAUUAUGUAAGCUAUUAAUUCUUAGCAGUAAAUUGCUUUGUUGUCAAAUCUCCUGUUGAUUUGCCAGAUUUUGGGGUCUUUAGUUGGUUGAUGUAUAAGGGGAUGGAUGAGAGAGUGAGUUGCUAUAUAAUCAUUGCUUCCUGAACUGGUUCAGCAUAAGCAUCCCAAUAGGGUUUAAGACAUGGAAAAAAAUUGUGUGCAGCGUUCAUUAUGCGGUACCUGAUAUUGCUUUUCGAAUGUCUGAAGACGAUUCGAGUUGGGGUCUUGAUAUAUAUGCACUGUGUUGGCCCAAGACUUAUUUUUGUUGUCACGAUUCGCUUAUGGUCGGUUAUCUACCAUCUGUAGUUUGUUAAUCUUAAUAACAAUGUUAGAGCCUGCAGUUUUGCUGAGAUGGUGUGUGGAUCCGUAGUUCUGUUUAGCAUAGGAAAUGCGGUUCCUUGGAAUUUGCAAGGUUUUCCAUGGCUGAAGAAACAUUAUAAUGAUGAUUUUGUUUUCAUUUCUGCAUAUGGAUGGUUAGUGAUUCACACUUUGCCAUGAAUCCAAGCAGCUCAUUGAGAUGCUGCAUAUCUUCAGUGAUGUGAGUUUGCUAAAUAUUUGGAUUGGCUACUUCUGCUGCUUUCCCCUCUCUGGGGCUUCCGGUUUUACCCGCGCUCUCUGAAUUUAUUUGCAACAAGUUGCAGCAACUUGCGGGCUUAAGAGUGUGCAGCCAAUCUUUCGGGCAGCUAGAUGGUUAAGAUGGGGGAUAUUUGCAAUAGGCUUGAGGCGGUGUGAUUAUAAAAGUUUGAUUGUAUUCAAACUUGUCUUAAUCAUUAAUGUAGAAAUUGUACACUAUGAUAAAUUGGACCAGGCUUUUAGUUUCUAUGACCAAUCUAAGCCCCUCGAAUGAAUUGGUUAUGCUUCAUGAUUGAAACAUGACAUUGUUAUUUAUCAACCUUUGCUUUCAGAAAGUGAAAAAGGAAAGGAAAGGAAACUGAAAGGAAAUGAAUGGUUUCAAGGCCUUCAAAGCACAAGUCCCAAUCGCAUGGAGUCCGCGGCUGUACAUAACUCUGGUGAGAGGGAUUCCUGGGACCAGGAGACUCCAUAGGCGCACCCUGGAGGCAUUGAAUCUCACCAAGUGCAACCGAACUGUAACACGGGCCAAUUGUUCUUCCAUUAGAGGAAUGCUUAACCAGGUAAAGAGGCUGAUUGUGAUUGAGACUGAGGAGAUGUACAAUGCUCGUAAGCAGAAUCUCGCUAACCACAAAUCUGUUCGCCCUCCGGUGGUUGUCGGGCACUCUCCUCCAAUCGCUGCAAGUAGCUCUUCCUCAUAGACCCUUUUAUAUCAUGUUCUUACGAUGUUCUUUAGAUGUCAGCUCUAGUUUUGGUGCGAGACAGCAAUUUGCUUGGUUCUUCUUCCAAAGUUGUACCAGCUAUGCAAAAUGCCUAGUAGCUUUUUUCGAACUUCCAGAAACAUGCAUUGUUUGUUCUCAAGAAGUUGUUAAUCGUUUCCAUGUUCCACCCCUACUAACUACAAUUAUUGGAGAUUGCUCUAGAAGUUUUAAGAAAAAAAAGGGGUUGAU